AUGGGAAGCGAGCCGGACAACUCGGCGAAAUUGGUGGAAUUGCCCUACCGGGCCGAGUACGCAAAGACGAAUCGCAGCACCUGUAAGAAGUGCAAACAACCGAUCGGCCAGGAUGCUCUGCGAAUCUCGGUGCGUGAACCCAGCCAGUUUUUUGACGGGAUGCAGGAUUUUUGGCAUCACUACAAAUGUUUUUGGACGGCACUGAAGGGUGGCGAGAUCAACGAGCGUUCAAUUCGAGGUUUUGAUUGGCUGAAAUGGGAGGAUCAAGAGAGAAUCAGGGCAAGCAUCAGUGAACACGAUGCCGCAACGAGACCCGGAUCUUCGAACAGCGGAAUCGGCAAAGAUGGCAUCCAAAUGUCUAUGAUCAAAGUGGAAUACGCCAAAACAGAUCGCAUAAAAUGCCACGGCUGCAACCUCUUGGUGGCAAAAGGUGUGAUGAAGUUUGGUGUGAAGGCCCGGUUCUACCACUUCGAAUGCCUUUUCACCCCAAAUGGCGUUUAUGAUGGGCAGCCGGGCCAGAUCAGCGGGUACAACGAUUUGACGGAAAGCCACAGGUGGUGGCUGGAUCUUGAGAUUGGAGGUGUCCGUGAUCACGUUGAGCAAAGCGAUGGUGUAACCGGAACACUGCUGCCGACUGGCCAGAAGCGACCAGCGCCUGUCGAAAAAACUGAAAGCGCGGAAAGGAUGGAUAAGCUCGAGAUUCAAACGAACCUGCUCGAGGAGCUUCGCACUGGCUUCAAGGAACGUUUCACCAAGCAACAGCUUAACGCACUGCAGGAAGCCAAUUUUCUCGACAAGCCAGAGGCUGAGGGCGAAGAUGCGUUGGUGGAGCUGCUUUGCGAUGCGGCACUGUUUGGCCGGUCGACACGCUGUCCGACAUGCCUGGCCGGACAGUAUAUGUUCAGUAGCACGCAACAGAUGUACGUUUGUACGGGACAUCUCACUGAAUGGACAAGGUGCCAUGAGUCGACUCGACAGCCCGAUCGUAUCCCGUUCGGUGUGCCUAAUGAGAUGGGAAUUGCUGUGCCUUGGCUGAUCAACGAAGCUCCUAUAAACAAGAUGAAAGAGCGCCUCUACAUUGACCAUGCCGGAAAAGUUGUCAGCGACGCCAAAGCUUUCCGACACACUGGAGCCCGGAAGAUCCUGUGUGCCGAUAUGGAAUCUGGUCACAAGUCGACCGCAUCCGGCAAAUCGUUUGUCAAGAAUGGUACCACGAUUGACGCUGAAUUUACGCAUGCCCAAGUUUGCCAUGUGGUGCGCGACCCAGACGGCUCUCUCUACAAUGCUGUGCUCAGCAGUGCUGACAUGUCAUCCGGUCGGAACAGUUACUACAAACUGCAGCUGCUGAAGCACGACACGAAAGAAAAGUACUAUGUAUUCCGCUCGUGGGGACGAAUCGGUACAACGCAAGGCGGCUGUGUUGAAGACGAGUUUUGGACCCUAAAUACGGCCGUCGACAGUUUUGAAAUCCACUUCAAGGACAAAUCUGGGAACGAUUGGAAGGACCGGAAAUAUUUCCGCAAGAAAGCUGGUUUUAUGAACAUUGUUGAAACGGACAACAGCGAAUUGGUAGCCGAGACAUCCGUCGCACCCGGAUCUCGUUCCCUGCUCCCACGACCGAUCAUCGACAUAAUGAAAAUGAUCUUUGACGUGGAUAACAUCAAGCAAGCGCUCAAGGAAUACGAUAUCGACAUCAAGAAAAUGCCGCUGGGAAAACUGUCCAAGUCGCAGAUCACAAAAGCCUUCGUCGUUCUGCAGGAGCUCACCGAGUUGUUCAACGCGGCAAAUUGCGAGCAGAAGGCCAAGAUAAUCGACGCUUCGAAUCGCUUCUACUCCAUCAUCCCACACAACAAGCUCGAGCUCCUCGAAAGCUUGAAGCGCGUGCAGAAAAAAUCGGUGAUGUUGGAGUCGCUGCUCGAGAUCCUGGAGGCGUAUUCGAUGAUGAGCAGGAAGCAGCAGCCGGAAGUGGUCGAACGUGACCCCGUCGACACGCAUUAUGAGCGAUUGGCUUGCAAAAUGACGGUUGUUGACAAGGAUUCUGACGAAUACAAACGGCUGGUAGAUUACGCCACCAAGACACACGGACAGACUCAUCAGCAGCUUAAAGUUGAAAUAAUUGACAUCCUCAGACUUGAGCGUUCCGGCGAGGCGGAGCGUUUCCGCAAAGAAUUGGGCAACCGGAUGCUGCUCUGGCACGGCUCGGGUGUGCCGAACUACGGUGGAAUUUUGUCGCAGGGUCUGCGAAUUGCCCCGCCGGAAGCGCCUGUGACCGGCUACAUGUUUGGCAAAGGCGUCUACUUUGCGGACAUGUUUUCCAAGUACAUUGUCUACGAUGUCAACCAGAUCCACCUGCGCUACCUCGUGCGAUGCAAAUUCAAACUCGCCUAU